AAUCGCCGUGGACCCAAAAAUCCCUAACCGUUGAAUUUCGACGUCCCAGUCCAGUCCAUAGACUUUUGAUUGAAAGGUGAUAUAGCUACAUCAAGUGCUCCAGUCGACAGGAAGAGAUAUCACACGCUCGGCUCAAUUCAACAAUAUGGCUCACGCAAACGUUUGGUUCUCUCGUCCCCGAGAGUACGGCAAAGGAUCUCGACAAUGCCGUGUCUGCUCUCACCGAGCUGGUCUCAUCAGGAAAUGGGGCCUCGACAUGUGCCGUCAAUGCUUCCGUGAAAAGUCCGCCGCUAUGGGAUUCACCAAGAACAACUAAACAUCUGUAUGUUUUGGUCUGGAGGAGUCUCGAGCGCAUCGGAUGGGAUGGGGAUGGAUGUGAUCCCCUUUUUUCGAGCAUAAGAGGAAGAUUGUGGUGAUUUAUUCACAAAUCCUCCUUUUCAUUUGUAGAUAGAUGUAGCCAUGGUAUGACAUUGCUGCUCUAUUUGA